UGUUCUUCCCACCAAUACGAAAAAACAACCUCGAAUCUUAGGAAUCUCAGGCUUUUUGCUUCUAGAAAAUUCGGAGAGACGGAAAUGGCCGCCGCGACUUCUUCAGAGGAGGGACAGGUGAUCGCCUGCCACACCGUGGAUCACUGGAAGGAGCAGUUCGCUAAGGGCGUUGAGACCAAAAGACUGGUGGUGGUUGAUUUCACUGCAUCAUGGUGCGGCCCUUGCCGCAUGAUUGCUCCAAUACUGGCUGAAAUUGCAAAGAAAAUGACUCAUGUGAUAUUCGUCAAGGUUGAUGUUGAUGAACUGCAGGCUGUGGCUGAGGAAUACAAGGUGGAGGCAAUGCCGACUUUUGUGUUCCUCAAGGAUGGCAAUGAAGUGGAUAGGAUGGUGGGUGCAAAGAAGGAUGAUCUGCAGAACUGCAUAACUAAGCAUGCUGCAGCAGUCAUGACUGCUUAGUCUCUCAGUGAAGAGGGAUGAUCUGGUUUUACUUUUGUCAUGUAACAAUAAUUAUGACAGCACUAGCUACUCUCUAGCUCUGUCUCUAUACUCUCUGCCAUUGUGAUGAUCACAACAUUGUAUGUGUGAAGCUUUAUGAUGCUAUUUGAAUGAACACUGGAUUCAUGUUUA